UUUCUCAAUUUGACCCAUUUUUUUUUCCAUAACACAAUCAAAUUUAACUUCAAAAACAUAUAAUUAAUUAGAUACAAAUAAUAACAUGGACAUGUACAUGCACUUGCCUCGUCCAUUCCUUACAUCAUCAUAUGUCUUUGUAUAUAUAUCAACCAAAGAAAUGAAAAAGUAACAACGUCACCAAAAUCUCUCUCACCUAAUUUGUGUUUCUUCUUUCUGUUAAAAGGUUAUAAUUUGUGUUUCUUGGUUUGGUGAGAAUCUUCAAGAAACAGAAACAAAAAAUGGAUUCCAGUUGCAUAGACGAGAUAAGUUCCUCCACUUCAGAAUCUUUCUCAGCCACCGCCACCGCCACCGCCACGAAGUUGUCUCCUCCUUCUCAUCCGGCUGCGGCGUUACGCCUCCACCGGAUGGGAAGUGGCGGAAGUAGCGUCGUGUUGGAUCCCGAGAACGGCCUAGAGACGGAGUCACGAAAGCUACCAUCGUCAAAAUACAAAGGUGUGGUUCCUCAGCCUAACGGAAGAUGGGGAGCUCAGAUCUACGAGAAGCACCAACGAGUAUGGCUCGGGACUUUCAACGAGCAAGAAGAAGCUGCUCGUUCCUACGACAUCGCCGCCCGUCGAUUCCGUGGCCGCGACGCCGUCGUCAACUUCAAGAACGUUCUGGAAGAUGGCGAUUUAGCUUUUCUUGAAGCUCACUCUAAGGCCGAGAUCGUGGACAUGUUGAGAAAACAUACUUACGCCGACGAGCUUGAACAGAACAAUAAACGGCGGUUGUUUCUCUCCGUCGACGCUAACGGAAAACGUAACGGAUCGAGUACUACUCAAAACGACAACGUUUUAAAGACGCGUGAAGUUCUUUUCGAGAAGGCUGUUACACCUAGCGACGUAGGGAAGCUAAACCGUCUCGUGAUACCUAAACAACACGCCGAAAAACACUUUCCGUUACCGUCACCGUCACCGGCAGUGACUAAAGGCGUUUUGAUCAACUUCGAAGACGUUAACGGCAAAGUGUGGAGGUUCCGUUACUCUUACUGGAACAGUAGUCAAAGUUACGUGUUGACCAAGGGAUGGAGUCGAUUCGUCAAGGAGAAGAAUCUCCAAGCCGGUGAUGUUGUUACUUUCGAGAGAUCGACCGGACUAGACCGGCAGCUUUAUAUUGAUUGGAAAGCCCGAUCCGGUCCGAGGGAAGACCCGGUUCAUGUGGUGGUUCGGCUUUUCGGAGUUGAUAUCUUUAAUGCGACAACCGUGAAGCCAAACGACGUCGUAGCUGUUUGCGGUGGAAAGAGAUCUCGAGAUGUUGAUGAUAUGUUUGCGUUACGGUGUUCCAAGAAGCAGGCGAUAAUCAAUGCUUUGUGACAUUUUCUUUUUCCGUUUUUUUUUCUUUUUUCUUGAAUUUGUCAAGUUGUGUAGGUUGUGAUUCUUGCUAAGUUGUAUUUAGGAAAAGAGGACAAGACCAAAAAAUAAACUGAAAAAAAUGGUUUUGUGGAAAAGUGGUAAGUAGACCUACCUCAUAAUAAAACGUUACCGGAUACAACCUA